AUGAGCAGCCACAGCUUUCAAAGUCUGUGGAGUACGCUCACCGGCCAAACAACUCCAUCCAACAGCCAGACCGAGCUCCACAAAGAUUGUUUCGCUCUAAUCAAAUCUUUGAAAGAAGACCGAAACGAAUUUGAGAGAAAGUUAAAAGCAUCAGAAGAUGAGGUUAGCAGUUUGAAGAGGAGUCUCGAAGGGGCAGAACGGAAAUUGAUAUUGACUAGAGGGUAUCAUGACCAAUUGGAAUUAUAUCAAGGGAUUUUGGUCGAUAAGCUCUCUGUAGAUGUGGCUAAGUUGGAUUCUCGAUACUUCUUGAACACACAAGAAUCCUCAUCGAAAUCUGGAUCCGGGACAGGUUUGUUUUCAACAGAAGACGAGAACAACAAGCUGAGCGAUCAUUAUAGAAGUGAUAUUCGUAAAUUGGUCGAUAAUGAGAUUCAAUCAAUCUACAAUUCAGCUAUAGAUCAUGCACUACCUGUCCAAGUUUGUUUAUGGGAAGGUACUAGACUCUCUCACGUGGAAAUCUUUCCUGAAGAUCUUCCUGCCACGGAAGGAGAACGAAGGUACGAAAUAUUAUUUGGGAACGAUGUUCCGGACUUUGCUAUGGAUGAUGAUUAUGGAUCAACUUUGUCUGAGAUCGUCAAGAGGAGAACAUUGACUUUCGUCAGUAGGAUGCCGGAGGACGUGAUCAAUAGCCAUCUACAGAAAUGA